AUGCUCUGUCAUCCGGAAAAAGAAUGUUGUAUAACGAUCUCGUACAUCUCUAAACUGAAUUUGAUUCAAUAUGGUCGUACAAUUCGUUUCACUGUUUCGACUACUAUUGCUUCAUGUUACAAUUCAAAUCAAGGUGGUAUCAGUUCUUCUGCUGGAACCGCAUCUAAAUAUGUUCAAUCGAGUCCCUACACCAUCGAAGUUUCUCGAAUUAGUUCAUCAUCUCGUUCAAUUCAACUUGAUGUCGGAGAACCAAAUGUUUAUGUUAUCGAAUUCGCUCAACAAAAUAUUCAUUUGGAUCGAGAUGUUCUUCUAGACAAUGACUUGACUGAAAAUCGAUCGAAUACUAUAGUUGCAAUCGAGCCUGGUGCUGUUAUAGCUUCGUUCACUCCAACUGAUGAGGGCUAUCGACGUGCAAUGAACAAUACAGCAAUGCCCAAUGAAUUUAUGUUUAUUAUCGAUUGCAGUGGAUCAAUGACCAGCGAGAAAAAGAUCGGAUAA